UUUAGACAGUGUCUAAAUUCCGGGUCGAGCGGUAUACAACGGAGUGAAGUGAUAACAACCUAACCUUUAUUUCUUAUUGUUAUGUGUUAAAUAUUUCAAACAUGGCUCCUAAAGUCACAAAUUAUAUUGAAUGGGCCCAUCAAACAGCGGCCGAGAAAAAAACUCAUGUCAGUUUCCCGCAGUUGAAGUACCCAUCGUUAAGGGAAGGAGGGCUAAAGGAUCCCAUACAAUGGUUGGAAGGCAAAGCCAUGGACGAUGGAGCUGAAGGUUUAUGGAGAAUACGUGAUGGGCUUUACGAUUUCGAAGAAUUUCAAGAUAAACAUCCCGGCGGCGCUGAGUGGUUGGAGCUCUCUAAGGGGACAGACAUUACAGAGGCUUUCGAGUGCCAUCACUUGAAUCCUGUUGUGGAAAAGAUGAUAGAAAAGUAUUAUAAAAGAGACGCUAAGACGCCAAGAAAUUCUCCGUUCACAUUUGAGGAAGAUGGUUUUUAUAAAACUUUAAAACGAGCUGUCAGAGAGGAAAUAAAGAAAAUUCCUCCAAGUAAACAAAAGCGGCCAGAUUUUAUCAUUGAUGCUCUUUUUGCAACCGUUUUGGUUGCGUCUGCUGUAUCAUGCUGGUCCACCAACUAUUGGAUUGUGAUGGGAUCUUAUCUGACGGCGUCUUUGGCUAUGGCUUGGACCACGGUUGCAUCACACAGCUAUGUUCACAUGAAAACUAACUGGAGGAUGUAUCUUUUCAACCUUACUUUAAUGUCCUACAGAGACUUCAGAAUAUCUCAUGCUCUUUCUCACCAUCUGUACCCGAACACCCUGAUGGAUUUCGAAGUCAGUGCAUUUGAGCCAAUAAUCUUCUGGAAUCCGAGACAGAAAUCUGCUCGUGUAUACUUUACACUUUGCAUUGAACUUAUUAUCUAUCCAUUUGUUGCUCUCAUCAAUUUCGCUCGGAGAUUUGCAAGCAUUUUUAUCCGUAAAGAUUUCUUCACACGGCACUAUAGAUGGCAUGACGUCAUUGGGCUUCUUCUUCCCGUCUGGAUGUACUUCGCCAGUGGAUCCACUUUCUACCACGCUUUUGUUACCUGGUUGUGGAUUAACUGCACUGCAAGCUUUAUCUUCUUUACCAUCGGAACUAAUGCAGCUCACCAUCAUCCUGAUAUUUUUAAAGACGGAGAUCAGCUAAAAGGUGAAACCGUCGACUGGGGCAUGCAUGAGCUCGAGGCAGUGAUGGACCGCACUGACAUCAACAGCAGUCUCUUCAGGUCCAUGACGUUCUUCGGAGACCACGCCCUCCACCACCUCUUCCCAACUUUGGACCAUGGAAUAUUAAAACAACUUUACCCAGUAUUUUUGGAACAUUGCGAAAAGUUCAAAGCCAAUUUCCGAUUGACCUCGUCCUUUGACCUUUUUAUAGGACAGUUGAGAAUGGCUGUCAAAGAAAAUCCUAAUGUUUUGGAUGAUUCACGCUAGUGAUGACAAUUUGUUAAUUUGAAACGUUUAACGAAAAUUUUACGUUACUAUAAGUGCUUAAUUUUAUUUUUAAACAAGGUCGUUUCGAAAUGACUUCAUAGGAUUGGACUUACCUGUAAACUUAGGUUAACUUUGGAUUCAUUUUUAAGUUCGAAGAACAAUGAACAGAUACAAAGAAAUUCCGUAGAUUAGUAUAAAAAUAUUAAUUGUAACUAUUUAACAAAAUAUUUAGUAUACUUCAUGAUUAUCUUAUCAUUAAACUUAAUUAUGAGAGACAAAGCAAAUAUUUAGGAACAAGUAAUGAAUUCCAGUAAACGGAUAGACGAAAUUAAUCUGUUUUAAUUAUCGUUUGAAGCGUAAAGGUCGCUGUCAUUAUACACAAAAUAUGCUUAAUUUAUGUUUACCUACAAACAAUGUCUCAUUAAAUAAUAAUAACAACAUUUGCUUGCUUUUCCUUCAUUUUGAUUUCCGUUGUUGAAUAACAAGACACCCACUUUUAUGUUAUAAUUUAGGAGUUUAUGGAGCUGAGUAUGGUGUGUGGUUUGUAUUGCGAUGACAAUAAAUUAAGAUACGUUUACUGUGAACUAACCUCACAAUAAGCGC